UUGCUGUGUUACCUGUUCUAAAAUUUAAUUUGUUAAUACUGUUGCACAGUUGGUAGUAACUGAUUUCAAAUGGAACAGUAAAGUUAUUUGUUGAAGCCUUACUUCCAGCUGCUUUUUCUCAGCGGCCAAUAACUAGCUCUGUGGAACUUUCAGUAUAGCAACAAAAUGCCAAUAAAGUGAGCCUUUUCCAGCAACUAAAUGGGUGUGUUUUUUAAAGGCCAAUAUCAAUAUUGACAGUGGGGAAACAUCCUGUGGCCCAGGCCUGCAGCUUCCACAGCAGGCUGGUUUUCCAACAGUCCCUGCUUUGUGUUUCUACCCACUGUGCCAGCUGCCACACAACAACUUCUCCGUAAGACUUAUUUUUGAGUUCUGACCUGAUCCUCUGAUGAUGAGAAUGCUGUUUAGGAUCUGCUUCAUUGCAGCUCUGCUAGUAUGCUGUGUCCUGUUAAGUCCUGCUCUAGAACAUGAAAAGAGGAGAGGUGAAGAAUUUCAAAGCUCUGAUGAGAACGCUGACAGUGACAUCAAGGUGAAAAGAAAUUACACAACCACAAAUGACAGGAGACCUAAGGCUGGGAGUCCAAGGAAGACAGGAAGUGAGAGAGUUUCCAUGGGACCAAGAAGUGAUGUCAGCUGCGCCAAAUUGGGAGGCAUCUGCCAGCCUCACCGUUACAUCUGCCAAGGCCGAUACCUAAAAGACAAGUGCUUGGGGGCCAAGACACGGCAGUGUUGUAUGCCAGUUGGAGUGUGGAGUAUUCUUUGUGCUGGUCACCACAACAACAGAGUGAGGUCGUGUGAUGCACAUGGCUGUGGCGCUUUCAACUCCAGAAGAGGUGAUGACCUACAUAAAGCAGUGGACCUGGUGUGUGAUGACUAUGGUAUUGUCAACACUCCAUUCUCAGGCUCUCUAGCGGGUCCAGUGAGUCGGAAAGACUCUGCUGGGCAUCAGUAUGAUGGGGUCAAACUUCUCAAUGAUGUACACUGUGUGAAGAUCUUCAACAUCCGUCCUUUUCAUUACAUGGGCCCAGUGGCUCAGGGGGAAGCCUUGGGUUAUCUGUUGCCGCUGCAGGAACGUUUCUCCGGCAUCACAUCACACCUGGAGCUGCAAAUGUGUGACAGCAGUGACCCUUCACCUUUCAUAUGACCUCUAAAGUCUCAGUCUUUACCGGUGACAUUUCAUAUGACCUCUCCUCCUUUAAAUUACCCUUGACCCUUCACCUUUAAUAUGACCUCUGACUUUCAUCUUUUAUGCAACCUGUAACCUUUACCUUCCUGCAGAUAACAAUUCCCAAUUCCUAAAAAUGACAACUUUUCAGUGGCCUGAAAAUUAACAUUUUAAUCAACAGCUCUGACACUAGUGUUUUCAUAUCACAUUUAAAAUCUAUCUUACGAUGCAACAGUCCCAAUUCUUCAUCCUCUAUAUAAUACAGCCUGACAGCAUUUCAAAACCAAUGUCUCACAUUAUGGGAACUACAUGUUUUUCCCCCCUAAUGACAGCAAAUUAAGUCAUGUUUUAGCCAUUGUAUAUUUUUUCAUUAUUACCUUUUCUCCACCGAAUGCCAUUUAUUUUUAUAAAGUUCCCCUUUUUAGUUUGGAAACUAACUAAAUAUUCCUAAUAAUUAUGACUCUUGCAUACUUUUCUCCUUCUCCUUUUGUAUGAAAAAUGUUCCAUCCCUCAAUGUGGACUUAUCUGUUGGGAAUUAAAUGAUGCAAUAAAUUCUAACUUCAUUUCUGCUUUUGUUUCAAGUGGUUUCUACUUUCCAUAAUCCAGUUGGAAGUAAAAUGAAGAUUGUCACAAGUUUAAAUUGGGGAGUAACUUGUCAUGAGGAAUAAAUUG